CGGGGAACGGUUUCCUCUUCUACUCCUCCGUGACCUGCCAUUGAGCCCUAGAAUCUCGCCAUGUCAGCGCUACGGAUACUCGUGCCCGUCAAGCGGGUGAUUGACUAUGCGGUCAAACCGCGUGUCAACAAGGCGCAGACCGGCGUCGAGACCGCCGGUGUCAAGCACAGCAUGAACCCGUUCGACGAGCUCUCGGUCGAGGAGAGCGUGCGCAUCCGCGAGAAGAACAGGGCGCCCGGCGGCGUCGAAGACAUCUGCGUCCUGAGCGCCGGUCCCCCUAAGGCGCAGGAUAUCUUGCGCACGGCUAUGGCCAUGGGCGCCGACCGCGCCAUCCACGUCGAGGUGAAGGAGGGCGAGGAUCUGGAGCCCUUGGCGGUGGCCAAGCUGCUGAAGGCGGCCGCCGAGCAGCAGAAGAGCAACCUCGUCAUUCUUGGCAAGCAGAGCAUCGACGACGAUGCCAAUCAGACGGGCCAGAUGCUGGCAGGCCUUCUGGGGUGGCCGCAGGCGACGCAGGCAAGCCAGGUCGAGUUCGGCGAGGGCGACACCGUCAGCGUCACGCGCGAAGUGGACGGCGGUGUCGAGACGGUGCGCGCCAAGCUGCCCAUGGUAAUCACGACAGAUUUGCGCCUCAACGAGCCACGCUAUGCGAGCCUACCGAAUAUCAUGAAGGCGAAGAAGAAGCCUCUCGAGAAGAAGACGCUGGCCGACUUCGGGAUCUCGGCGGAGAAGAGGCUCAAGGUGCUCAAGGUUACGGAACCCCCAGCCAGGCAAGGAGGCGGCAAGGUCGAGGACGUGGAUGGGCUUAUAUCCAAGCUCAAGGAACUCGGUGCCAUUUAGACUAUUGUAUACAACCAACCAAUCGAACGUGUACCACAACCUAAGCAACGGAAGGCAGCCUAUGCUCUUCAAUAACCGUUGGUGAACUCGGCUGCUGUUGAGGCUACCGGUCCCGGGCGCCGACUUCGCGAGCUGCAAGACCCCUGGGUCCGUGGGAUCCGGAUAAUAGCGAGACGGUAAAGGAUGCGACCUCUGACGUCUAAGGUACAGUACCAGUCUCAAAAAUGCUGUUGGUACUGCACUCGAUGAGUAUGCGAGUGCAGGCAACCAUUCCGCCUGCUCGAAAGACAGAACA